AUGCAAAUCCCACAGGCGGCGCUACCUCGUACGGGCGCCGCUACAGUCAAGACUGCCGACCCAUUCCGCCAUUCCGCCCGCUUCUGCCUACUUCUCCCAGCUCCGACGCCAGACCCAGCACGUCGCGUCAGUCAAAGCUGCGGCAGCAGCAACAUCAGAAUCAUCGUGGCGCCGGUCUCGCCGUCAAAUCUGACAGCAGGGUCACCAGACCACGUUGUCGGCAUGUCGCCCGGACGCAACGACAUGACACGACGUGGGGACGGAACACACAAAAAAAGGUCAUGA